UAGAACCUGGCAACCAUAGAGUAAACGACAGGGCGCUUAAACUGGUUUGCCUGAAUUUGAAUACGAACGUAGAGUUUCGUUACCCUGCAGGCAAAUAGAAGAGCUAAGAAGAAGUUAAUCUUUCGUCUGGUGACAGAAAUGGGCCACAAAGUGUUCUGCAUACUCUGUCGACGGUCCGAAGAGACGAAGAUAACGGGACCUUUAUCGACCAAGGAGGGAGUCACGGCUCACCAGAACUGUUUGCUUUAUUCAUCUGGAAUUUAUUGCACGGAAUCUCCACAGGAAGACGACCUGUUUGGUUUCUCUGUUGACGAUGUGAAGGAUGAGGUGACUCGUGGCAGAAAGCUGAAAUGUUCCAAAUGUACAAAGAGAGGUGCAACUGCUGGUUGUGAGAACAGGCGCUGCAAGAAAUCCUACCACUACCCAUGUGCUGUUGAGGUUGGAGCUAAAAUUGUUGAGGAGAAAGACAAGGGGGAAUACGGUCUGUUCUGCCCUAAGCAUCUUAAAUCACAGGAAAACAACGGUCCUGUGAAUGGACAUACAUCUACCCAUACAAAGCACGCAGCUCCCAGAAAUCCCAGUGAAGCUGGACCAUCAAAGGUAUACUGCCUCACUUGUGAGAGGAAAGAAGGAAAGAUCAGCUUGGAUAGUUUGUCCACUAACAUAAUGUUGUACUGUGACAAACAUGCUCCUUCAUCACAUAAGAUCACCAAUGGAGAUUAUGCAACAGCUGGGCCAUCCAGGUACAGAACUGAAAGCAACUCAUCCGGCGGCAAUUCCUCUAAGAGGCUAUUCAGUUCAGAUGACGAUGAGGAAGUCCGUGCCCCUACGCGUAAAGCCAAAAGAAUAAUAAUAGAAGAUUCUUUAACUAUAGAUGAGAUUCUACCUUCAGAUAUGGAGAUAUUCGCCCCUAUAGAGAGCUCUCAAUUUGAUGAAAGUGUAAACUCUGCUCAGGACUGUGAAACUGUGCCGCAGCUGACCAGAAACGACACUGAGAGUCACACAGGGUCCGGCUCAGGACAUCAGCUGCAGGACGAGAGCAGAGAUGAUGAUGAUGAUGAGGAUGAUGAGGAUGAUGAGGAUGAUGAUGAGGAUGAGGGUAAAGAUGAGACAUCCAUAGACUCAGAUGCUGAGUCAGAGAGUCUGCUGCUUCCUGUGGAGAUCUGCGUGGAGUCUCAGUCACAGUCACUCACAGCCACGACUCCUGAACCCUACAGUCUGACUGAGACCUCUCCAGUGGAGACGGGACAGAGAGGUAAAGAGUUCAGUCAUGAGCAGAGUCCUGCUCACAGUCCUGAUAGACAAACAGCUGAGCCCUCUGUGCCGCUGCAAAGCCACACUGUGUCCCCUGCUCCACCUGAUGGCUCCAAACCUGACAAUGCUACCACCUCACCUCCACAUCCCAGGUCAGCCAUUUCCCCAGUGCCACCUGAACCCAUAUACAUAUCCCUUGUUUCCCCUACUCCCUCGCCUGGAGCUCCUACCUCCAACCCAGAGCCCAACCCAGAGCCCAACAUCGACUCUGCCAGCUUCUGGAAAAGCUGCAACGCUGCCGGAUGCACCCAAGCCAUCUUCACCGAUUUCAUUAAGGAGCUGAACGAUAUGUCUGACAGAAUUGAGUCGGACCAGGCCAGCCAGAAUGAUUAUGACUGUGCACUAAAAGUGAUGUCUUCCUCUGGAAAACUUGAAAAGCUGGUGACAAAGCAGCAGAAAGAGUUGCAAAGAAAAAAAAUGGAGCUGGAGAAGGCAGCAGCAGCUAUGUCAGAGGCCGUUUCAGCACUGAAGAGAUGAGUCCAUCAGCAGUUGAUAUAUGACGUGUUAACAAAGUUUACAGUUUAUCAUCUUUUCUUCUGCUGUGUUUGUUUUAUGGUUUAUUGUUUGCAUAUAGCCUUAUGAGGCUUUUAAUACAAGGCAUAUUUAUAGUUUUAUAAUGAUACCGACUUCAUAUUUAAGAAGGAAAGGAUUGGAAGUGGAAAUAAAUUCGUAAGUAUUGAUAAUAACUGAGCAAUUUGACAUUGAAAACAUUGAAAUUUGACAACAUAAUCUCACAUUUCAGCCAGAAGAAGUCAGUUGUGAACAGUGACUAAUGUAUCACAAAAAUAUGUUAGAUCAUGACUGAGACAUCUUGACUGGAAAAAAAAACCAAUCAAAACUGCACUGAUAUCAGAAUUUAAGCUAAAGAAGAAAAAAUGUGUCCAGUUAAUGUUUCAUAUCGAAGGCUACAAGAUGUAGCACACUGCCUUAAUUAAUGACAUAGUGAAAUAGUGGACAUAUGUUAGAUUAUUUGAAUGUUUUUCAAAGACUGACCAUACAAAACCUACACUUUUUUUAUAUUUAUAAAUUUUUAUAUGUGUUUCUGACUGUCAGAGUAAGGCGAUGUUUGCAGGUGUUGGAGGGGUUAUGAUGUCUGAUGUUGAACUCCACACAAAGCUUUGUCAUCUGAUUUGCUACUAAUGAAGCUUUUCAAUAACUAACGUCUUCUGAAGCAUAACUAUUCGUUCAUUGAAAACCAGUCUUAUCAAAAUUUAAGUUUAUCGUCAAAAAAGGACAGAACUGCUGAAAUAUUCCUUCAAUGCAGUGUAAACAGGAAAAAUACAAAAGAUGUGAAAACAUGUGAGUGAAUGUUGCUGAUUUUUAAGUUCUUUCCUGAGACAAUAAACACCAUUUUUGAGACAAAUUG